ACGGCUUUGGGCAAUAUAUUCCCAAGAGUCGAGCAAGUGGAAAUAUAAAAAUCCUAAUGAAGCCUGGAAAGAAGAAGCAGCACCGCUUGCACCUUUGCUACACAGCCGUCUUUACUGGAUUACAUUCAACCCAUCGUCAUGGCUAAGGAAGCAAUGGACGCAAUCAGAGAGCCAUCCAGUGGGAUAUCCAUCCUCGUCGUCGGCGGAGGUAUUGGCGGAUUGGGCUUCGGCAUCGAGGCAUACCGCAAAGGCCACGACGUUCGGAUCGUCGAGAGGCGACUGGACUUCUACGACCGAGGCGGUCUCAUCGCAGUCCCAGGCGCGGCGCAGACCAUCGUCCAACGAUGGCCGGGCUUCAUAGAGCGCUUGAUGCCGCACACGAUGAAGCCAGUCGCCCGCAUUAUGAAGAGCGAUAUGGCGCGCAUUGGAGACUUCCCCUUCGCCAAUGUUCAGAAGCCAUCGUGGCCUACGAGUCGUCCGGCGCUGCACAAGCUCCUGUUGAGUUAUGUGCAAGAGCUGGGCAUUCCCUUUGAACUGGGCCGAUCAGUGAAGAAGUACUUCGAGGACGAACACCACGGUGGCGUUGAGUACGACGACGGCACGCAAGAGACAGCCGACGUUGUCGUUGCAGCCGAUGGCGUGGGCUCCGACUCAUCUAUUCUAAUUCUGGGCGAAAAGCAAGCAGCAAUCAGCAGCGGCUAUGCAUGCCACCUAGCGACCUACCCGGCCGAAAUCGCCCUCAAGAACACCGUCAUCCGUGACGGAUACGGCGACUUUCAGACCGGAGUCUGGUUCAGCCUCGGGCCCGAUGCUCACCUUGUCAUUGGGAAGUCAGACGAGUCCAUCACCUGGGUCCUCGUCCACAAGGACGAGCCUGGCACAGAUGAAAGCUGGGGCAACACCGUUUCCACGGAUUCCACCCUCCGAUACAUGGCGGACUGGGCGCCCUUCUACCGCGAAAUAGUCAAAGCCGUGCCGGAAAACAAGGUGCUCCUCUGGCGCCUCAUGUAUCGCGAUCCCCAGCCCAACUACUCUUCCCCAUGCGGCCGCGUCGUGCAGAUCGGCGACGCGGCGCACCCUUUCCUGCCGACUUCCGGCACAGGGGCCGGUAUUGCACUGGAAGACGGCUGUUCUCUGGCAGCGUGCCUGCAGCUCGCGGGCAAGCAGAACAUCCAGCUCGCCGCCCGCAUCCACACCCUCCUGCGCUACGAGCGCGUCUGCUGCGCGCAGAAAGUCGGCUUCAAGAACGGCGCCGCCUUCUCCAGCUCCGACAAGGCGCGGGGUGCGCAGCCCCAAGAAAGCGCAAAGUUCCUGGGCAGCUGGCUGGUGAAUUUCGACGUGGAGGAGUACACGUAUGCGAACUAUGAGAAGGGCGUGAAGCACAUCCGCGAAGGCGCGCCCUUUGAGAAUACGAAUGCGGUGCCUGGGUUUAGGUUUCGGGCGUGGACGGUGCGGGAGUUGCUGGAGGAGAAGGAGAGGGGGCAUGGGGAUGGGGAUGAGGGGGAGUGGUAUACGUGA